AUGGCAGCGCAGCAGCACCAGGGUACCUUUAAGUGGUACAAUAAGAAGUCUGGCUACGGCUUCAUCCGUGAAUCCGUAGCCAACAAAGACUACUUCGUACACUACUCUGGACUGAAGAGAUCCUUCAGGAAAGCCUUACCCCGAGAAGGAGACCACGCCACCUUCACCAGCCUCAAGGGGAAUAAGGGUCCAGAGGCCAGAGAGGUCGCCAGGGAAGGCAACCAAGAACGCCCCCUUUCACGCCCUAAAUCGUCUCCCAGGGCUUGGAAAGCAGCAGAAGCGGAGCUGAAGAUGAAGACUUGCAUCUGCACGGCACAAGCUCUUGCAGGCAACAACACCCGCCGCCUGCAGACCUUGAUUCCGCUUCUGCUGAAGCACAACGGGCUUCCUGCCAUAAGCAUCCCUGAGGAAGCCUUCACCACCACUCGCCAUCACCCCAAGAAGACACAGGGAAAACGCCAGCCGCCCAAAGAAGAACCUCGCCACGAAGAUCAUGUGGAGGAGGGAACGGGCAUGGAGGAGGAAGAGGAAGAAAAUGAGGUCGUGGACGUAGUAGGCAGCGACACAAGCCUACGCAGCCACACCACAGACCCGCCUCACCACGCCACUAAAUCCCCUUCUCUUAACGAAGGCCAAAAUAAAAAGGAUAUACAAAAGACCACCCCUGACGCUGCUACAACCACCAAGGGCAUGAGCCUGUGGCAGUGGGACACAAACAGCAGAGACGAGGCACCACCGACCAAGGAUUGCUCCCCAGACUACGAGAAGAUCAUUGCCGACAUGAUAGCAGACUUCAAGACUGACAACAAUAAACACAGCCAGCAUACCCAGAAGAAGCGGCACCAGCGCCGCUAA